AUGCCUUCCGCAGUGCUCAGUUCCACUUGUGAGGUAGGCACCCCGCCAGGAUGGCGUGUGAUAAAACUGCUCGGAUCAGGAGGCUUUGGUGACGUCUAUAAAGUUCAAAAAGUGAACAAUCCAGACAAAACGGAAUCAGCUAUGAAAACCGAAAUGGUGAUCGGCAAUCGACAAAUGUUGAGGUUGAAAAUUGAAGUGGUGGUGCUGAUGAAAUGUCAUGAGCAAUCGGAUCCCGAUAGGAAAGGCCAUUUUGUCGCAUUUGUCGACCGAGGAAAAACGAUGAAGUUUAAAUUCCUGGUGAUGGGUUUGGUGGGACCUUCACUGGAGGACAUACGAAAGAAGGACUUGGUAAGAAACUACUCGAAAGCAACAGCUAUGCAGUGCUGUAUACAGACCAUGACGGCCGUCCGCGAUCUACACGGCAUCGGAUAUUUACAUCGCGAUAUAAAACCUCAAAACUAUGCUAUUGGACUUGGUCCAAAGGAGUCAACAAUAUAUAUGCUCGAUUUUGGUAUUGCCAAGGAAAUUCUACUGAAAGAGGAACGAAUGAAAGUGAGUGAGUUACCACGGAUCAAAGUGCAUUUCCUCGGAACUCUGAGAUUUGCAUCGCGAGCAUGUCAUAAGCAGAUUGAGCAAGGACGCAAAGACGAUUUGGAAUGCUGGCUGUAUAUGUGCUUCGACUUAUUUGACGACGACAAGGGUUUGCCAUGGAAGAGCGGUACGGUCUUGGCAAUGUAUGAGCUUGCAGUAAGUUCCUGCUACUCGAUAGUUCCAGAAGAUUUCAAGCGAAUUGUUCAGUAUAUCGAUGGGCUGAAGUACGCUGAUGAACCAGAUUACGUAUACCUGCGGAAUUCUCUAGCAGCUAUAGCCAAAGAAGCCAGGGUAGACUUCAACAAGCCACUCGACUGGAUCGGAAUCACCUCCAAGAAACGAAAGAAGCAGAAAUCGGCUAGCGAGGAGACAUCCCUCAUGACAACACAAGAAGACGGCUCAGAGAAAAAGAAUAAGCUUCAAGGAAGAUAG